GCUAGUUGGCGUCCUUCCACACAUGUAAACAAGUUCAACUUUGUCUUUGUCAAAUCCUGGAUUGUUAUUUGUAAAUACCGAGCUACUGAAGUAAAUCAUCGGAGAAAUUACGGAAGAAAGAGGCGGGUUGCGUUCUUAGGACUGUUUCCCAACGAGAAGUAUGGCAUAACAAUCAUGUUCAGGAUCAGGAGGACAUCUGAUAUUUAAACUGUAAUCUGAAGGCAGUUUUCUAAUUCAAGACUUGUUUCAUCAGUUCUCACAAAGGUCAAGAUGGUACGAAUCAGUGAAGAUAUGGUGAGAAAAAGAUCGGAACAUAAUGAGAUGGAGAUAUCAACCCUCGAAGAACUCUCCCUACAUCAACAAGAUAUAGAAAGGAUUGAGUUUCUAGACAAGUGGUGUAGGGACCUCAAGAUUCUGUACCUCCAGAGCAAUCUCAUUCCUAAAAUUGAGAACGUCGGACGGCUGAAGAAGCUGGAGUACCUUAACCUUGCCCUGAAUAAUGUGGAGAAGAUAGAGAAUCUUUCAGGGUGUGAAUCUCUGAAGAAACUCGACCUGACGGUCAACUUUGUAGGUGAACUGACCAGUAUAGAAUGCCUCAAAGAUAAUUAUAGUCUCAGGGAGUUAUUUUUAACAGGUAAUCCAUGCACAGAAUUUGAAGGCUAUAGGGAGUAUGUAAUAGGCACCCUACAACAAUUGCAGAGAUUAGAUGGGAAAGAAAUAGAGAAAUCAGAGCGAAUAGCAGCUAAACAAGAUCUUGAUGUUAUCAGACCAAAAAUAAUUGAACAACAGAAAUCCUAUCAGCUGACACGAGAGAGAGAGAAAGCUCAAGCGGAGGAUCACAAGAAGGAGAAGAAGAAAGAGAAAGGGUUUGAUAAACGAUGGUAUACUGAUAUCAACGAAGGUGACUCACACCAAGAAAACACAAAGACCAAAGAUGAUGAGGAGGAGGAGGAUGAAGAAGAAAAGUUUUGGAAUGAAAAGGUUGGUUUUACACCAGAGUCUCGGGUAGCCCUAAGUGAACAUGUACAGGAGAAGAAGAGGAAAGAGGAAGAGGAAAGAAGUAAGAAGCAAGGUCCCAAACCACCACCGAGAGUUGUAAGACUUAUGACGGAUGAUGGUACUCCUCUAAAUGUCAAUCAAGCAAAAAUUGAUUUCACACUGACGGAUAAUGAAGAUGAGAACACCUAUGAAUUAGAUGUGGCGUGUUUCAAGCAUCUAGACACGUCACUCAUUGACGUAGACGUUCAACCUUCGCAUGUUAAAGUAGUUCUUAAAGGGAAGGUUUUGCAGUUAACCUUGGUUGAAGAGGUGAUGCCUGAUACUAGUGAAGCUAAAAGAUCUCAAACCACCGGUCACCUACUCAUCAAGAUGCCAAAGGCUAAGGAAUAUAUCCGACCAAAGAAGUCCUCAACAAAACCAAGUACUGUCAGGAAUGAGGACAGCAAGAUAUCAAGAGUAGAGAAGAAGCUUGAGAUCGAUCCCAACAGCGGGAGACGCGUUGAUCUGAUGGUGACGAAACCAACCACCAUGGAGCCGCUACAAAAGACAGUGGAAGAGAGAAACAACAGCGAUGACUUCAUAGAUGAUCCCGACGUACCACCUUUAAUAUGAUGAUGGACAUCUCCCUCGCCUACAUUAAACAUCUAGGCCCCGUCUUACAAAGAGUUACAAUUGAUCCGAACAAUCUUAUGUAUAUGGAAAUCCAUCAAUGACAUUAUUUUUCUUUAGGACAUUUGCACAAUGUCCUUUGAAAACAAAGAGAAGCAGACUGAAUUGUCAAGAAAACAGUUAAUGUAUGAAUAUACAUAAUUUCUUGGAAAUAUUUUGAACCAAUAUGUAAUUUUAAAUUUUGACGUUGAUGGCUUUCCAUAGUUGCCAUUGAUAGGAUCAAUCGCAACUCUUUGUAAGAUGGGGCCCUGGGCCCUGUCGCAACUAUGGAAAGUCAACAUAUAAAAUACCUGUUUGUUCAAAAUUUGUUCUAGAUACGAAUGUAUAUCCAUAAAUUCAUUGAUUUCUUGACAAUUUGGUGUGUUCUUGUUUGUUUACAAAGGACAUUUCACAAAUUUCCUGUAGAAGAAAUUAUGACACUGAUGGACUUCCAUAGAGUUACGAUUGCUUGGAUAAAUCGUAACUCUUUGUAAGACGGGCCCCAGGGCCCCAUCUUACAAAGAGUUACUAUUGAUCCAAUCAAUUGUAACUGUAUGGAAAUCCAUCAGUGUCAUAAUUUCUUCUACAGGAAAUUUACACAAUGUGCUUUGUAAACAAAGAGAAGCACAGUCAAUUUUCAUGAAAACAACGAAUGCAUGAAUAUAAAUCAUAGCUAGAAAAUAUUUUGAACAAACAUGCAUGAUAGAUGUUGACAUUGCUGGCCAUCCAUAGUUGCGGUUGAUUGGAUCAAUCGUAGCUCUAUGUAAGACGGGGCCCAGGGCCUUGUCUUACAAGGAAUUGCCAUCGAUCCGAUCAACAACUAAGGAAAGCCAGCAAAGUCAACAUCUAUUAUGCAUGUUUGUUCAAAAUAUUUUCUAACUAUAAUGUAUAUUCAUACAUUUAUUGUUUUCUUGAAAAUUCAGUGUGCUUCUCUUUGUUUGCAAAGGACAUUGCACAAAUUUCCAGGAGAAAAAAAUUAUGGCAUUGACAGAUUUCCAUGUACCGGUAGUUGAGGAUGAUCGGAUCAAUGGGAACUCAUUGUAAGACAGGGUCCAGCUUUCACGGGGAGUGGAUAUUUAUCUGCUGACCGCAGACUUUGUGAAAAGCAUACAUGCAAUAGAGACUUCUUUGUGGGGAGAGCAAACUUGAUGUACCAGAGAGAAUUUCUUUGAUCAGGAAACCUGUUUCAUUAAAACUGUUAUAACAAAUUUGCAAUAACAGUUUAAAAGCUACUGAAAUCAUUCAGUGUGAUUGGCUAAUAGUAGAUUUGUCAUAUAAAUUGUGAAUAUGUUACUAUAACAAGUCUUUAUGAAACAGGCCCUGGCCUACUUCGCCUUGGGCAAGUGUCAGGCCAGGAAGUGAAAUGAAUUUACCAUACCACAAGGCAAUGGAUAUAAUUUCCAGUAGUAUUACAUAACAUCUGCUGGUCAUACUGGAUGAGUGGCAUCAGCUGUUGCAGGUUACGAGCAUUGGGCUUUCAUGUAUAGUGGAUUUGAUGUAUUAUAUUUGAAACGCUGCAAAAUUGAAAUAAUUUACAUUCCGUCCUUCCCAAGUUAUUAGGAAAUUUUAGCAAUCACGAUGCAGAUGUUUUCUAUAAAAACCCCUCAGAACAAAGCAGCCUUUGUCAAAAAUUGGUGAAUCAAAACAGCAGUGCCGUACUGGACAAACUGCAUUUUUGCAAUUUUUUAUCUGGUCCGAAUCUUUAGACGAUGUGCUGUACCAGUCCACCAACUUUCGACAAAAACUUCUAAUCUUUCCAUUGUGAUUUGACAGGCAUUUUCAAUAGACUGUCAAUGUUCUAGAAAGUGUCUGCGAAGUUGCUGCUGUAAUACGCCAUUGUUGCUGGGGUGUCGAUACCUCCUAUGUCAUUUUUUUUUCUAGGGAGCAUCGCUUUUUAUUUUCAUGAAAAGAUUAUAUGACGCUCAGAGAUAUUGAUGCGACAUUUUCAGCUUUAUGCGUAAAUAGCUCCGACAUCAUACAAGCUCAGUGUAUGAGAUGUGAGCAUUGACAUCGGCUGUUACAGGUUGGGCCUUUUCAUGUAUAGUGGAUUUGAUGUAAGAUAUUUGCAACCGUACAAAAUUGAAAUAAUUUACAUUCCGUCCUUUUCCAAGAUAUUGUUGCCGGGGUUUCGACACUAUGUAUCUCUGUCAUUGUUUCCUGGAAAUUACUGUUUCAUUUUCAUGACAAGAUUAUAUCUGGCGCUCAGAGAUAAAUUUAUGCGGCAUUUACAUGUACAGCUUUACACAUGUAUGAAUAGAUCUGACGUCGUACAAACUCAGUGUAUGAUAUAUAAAGAUGAUUUUCAGAGUAGUGCUCUAAUCUUAAAGCUGAAGAUACAGUGUCUGUGUGAAAGACCAUUUUCAUAAGGUGUUUUCACUCUUCCGUACAUUGUUUAUAUAUAUAUAUAUAUAUACGCGAUAUUGUCAAGAGAGGGACCCCGGUUUCACAAAUAAUUGUGAUAGAAUCAACUCAAACUCAAAUUGUAAUUUAUCCAAAUUUGUGUAGUUAAGAGAAAUUGAGAUCUUUUGCAAUUUGAGUUUGCUUAAUCAUUCUAUCACAGCUCUUUAUAUGACUGGGCGGCUGGGCCCACCGCAGAAAUACACCUUGGAAUUUAUCAUAUACUAUGUGUGUUUUCAUUGAAGUGUCUAUUUAUAUUAUGUAUAUUUUAUAUGCAAUAAAUGAUUGAAUUUAAAAAUUA